AUGGCGGGCGAGUCGUUCGAGUCUGCGCGUUCUGCUCGCGAGCACGCUGCGGGCGCACCAUGGGGAACCAGGGGGAGAGGCAACUGGUCGGCGGGAGGGGGGACGCUGAGCGCUGUGGGCGCGCAGGGCAGCAGGGAGGGGUUGGGGGGGAUGGCGUGUGGUGGUGAGGGUGGUGGGGAUGGCGGACGCGCAGGGGCGGUGGGACGAGGCGGGGAUGGGCGUGGAGCGCAGGGGAGCGGGGGGCAGGGGUGGGCGCACAAGGUGUUGGAGGUGCUGCCUGUGCUGGCCGUGGUGACUCUCAUGGUCUUCGGUACCGUCGCCUACCUCACCGUUGUCGACGCCACUUUUCUCCCUCUCACCCGUGUUCCCGCUCUUCCUUUCCUUCCCCCCUUCUGCCCGCGCCCUCUCCCUCCCCUGCGGGCGCCAGUCCUGCCGCGCCUGCGCCCGGCCUUCUCCCUGGCGUGUCCGCUGCAGCAGGGCCACUGGGCACUCUCCUCGCGCCGCCCGCUCUACCCGCCGUCCUGCCCCUUCCUCCGGGACGACUUCAACUGCGCCAAGUUCGGCCUAUCAGCGCGUGACACGUGGCGCUGGGAGCUGUCGCAGUGCCAGGUGGCGGAGUUCUCAGCGGGGGCGUGGCUGCGGGGCAUGGCGGGGCGGCGAGUGGCGUAUGUGGGCGACAAGGCCAUGGCCAACGCCUUUGACUCGCUGCUCUGCAUGCUCGCCCAGGCCGACGCCCCCACGCCCCUCUCUCCCGCCUCGCCCCACCGUGGACUCUCUGCAACCAGCGACCCUCCCCUGCCUGCCACGCACGCGAGGAGAGGAGUUGGUGGCAGCAGCGGCAGGCAGGGGGAGAGCGUGAGGGCGGCUGCUGAUGGGCGCGUGUUCAUUGGCGCCCUCGACGCCCCCGGUGCUGCCCCAGAUCUCCCCCAUGCCACCUCGGGUGCUCCCCAUGCCGCUUUGGAUGCCCCCCCUGCCGCCCUGCAUGCAGACCUUGCUGCCACUCCACGCGCAGCACUGCACGCGGGGGCGAGGGGCAGAGGGGGCGCAGGCAGUGAUGUGAGGCGAGGCGGGGCGAGGCACAGCGAUGGCGGGUGGGGCUGGAACCCCAUCAGGUGGGGCGCGUGGACGCGGCAGGGCAGCAGGCAGCGCGUGGGAGCAGCUGAUGCUGCCGGCAGUACAGGCGAUGCCACGGGGGCCAGCAGCGCCACCAGCCGCGGUGGCUCCUCGCCUGCUGCUGCAUCGCCGGUGUCAUCUGGCCUGUUUGACAUGCAGCCACUGCACUACUGGUUUCCGCGCUACAACUUCACUCUCACACUUCUGCCCUCGCCCUUCCUUGUGAGGACGUCGCUGCACGCGCCAGUCAACGCCACUCUCUGCCAGCUGCAACGCGCUGCUGCCGCCACGCCACUCAACGCUUCCGCUCUCAACCACCAGCACCACCAGCAGCAGCACCACCACCACCAGCGGGGCACCUGCAGCGAUGCGUGCUACCCGAACCGCAUGUAUGUGGACGAGCCCGACCCCGCAUGGGCGCAGCAGGCAGCACAGUUUGACGUGCUGGUGCUGGCAUCGGGGCGCAGCUGGACGGAGGAGGCCGUGGAGACCAACGGGCUCAGCAUCGUGGCGGGGGGGGUGAGGCGCAGUGAGCUCAGUGUGGAGGGGCUGGUGGGGCAGUGGGCGUACCCCCUUGCCAUGGCGGCCGUGGCGUCGUGGCUGGGCAACGCGUCGCACUUCAACGGCACUGCGGUGUUCCGGUCGUUCAGCCCCACGCACCCGCGCAAGGAGUGCGCCGCCCGCACUUUCCUCCCCGAUGCCGAGCAUGCAGCAGACGUGAUGCAGGAGGCACGGCGCUACGAUGAUGCCGUGGCCCAUGCCAUCGCCACGGCUCAGGAAAGCACCCACACGCCCACCACCGCCAGCAGUGCAGCAGCGGGUGCAGCACCAGGGGCGUGGGCAGCGGUGGGGCAUGUGGGUCCGCGGCUGCACUGGAUGAACGUGUCGCUGCUGACGGCACAGCGUGCCGAUGCCCACCCAUGGAUGGCAUCGCCUGGCCGCCCCACAGCGGACUGCACCAACUGGUGCCUGCCAGGCGUGCCCGACACGUGGAACGAGCUGCUCGCUGCCACGCUGCUUAAACUCUUUGAGCGCCACUGA